GAUGGCUCCUCAUAUAAAAACAGUCUCCUGGGUCUCCCUCAACGUGCAACAAAAUAACUCUUUAAUACUUAUUCGAUUGAAAUAUUUAUCCGCGAGAAGUUCUGAAGGGUGAACUAAGCUUUUACGUUGUUUAGUGAUACUUGUCGAAGAAGAAAGCAGAGGAGCCUCAGGGACAACUUUAAAGACAUGAAUUGGUUGUGAGCUUGCUGUCUUCGGUAGACAGAGUUGGGGCUGGUCAGAAGCACACAGCCUGACCGGGCCUCUGCUAGCUAGCGGUAGCUGCUAACUAGCUAAUGCCUUCGCCUGUUGUUUUUUGUCGCAUUGGAAACGUUAAUCUGCAUAGGAAGUACUACACUAAACUACUUACUACAUGUUGAAUGUGGGACUUGGAAGUUCAGAUAACAAUUGACCAUGGCUGUAUCAAGACUUGACCGUUUAUUUAUUCUGCUUGACACUGGCACAACACCAGUAACCAGGAAGGCAGCAGCCCAGCAGCUUGGAGAAGUGGUCAAACUUCACCCACAUGAACUCAAUAAUCUUUUAACAAAGGUCUUGACCUAUCUAAGGAGUCCCAACUGGGACACUCGAAUUGCAGCAGGCCAAGCUGUGGAGGCCAUUGUAAAGAAUAUUCCUGAGUGGAACCCACCUCCCAGAUCUAAAGAAGAGUCUUGUGAAGAUCUGUCUCCAGAGGAUUCCUCUUGUGAUCGGUUGAAUUUCUACCACUUUGACAUCUCCAGACUACUCAAACAUGGAGCCUCUCUGCUAGGAUCUGCUGGGGCUGAGUUUGAGCUGCAGGAUGACAAAACAGGUGAGAUGGACCCAAAGGAGCGUCUUGCCCGCCAGAGGAAGCUUCUUCAGAAGAAGCUGGGCCUGGACAUGGGUGCUGCUAUAGGAAUGGACACAGAUGAGUUGUUCAACGAUGAAGACUUGGAUUAUUCCUGUGGGCUUAAAGCCCAAGGAGUCAAAGUCACAGCCGGCUGCAGCUCCCGCAACCACGUAACCAUUCAAGCUGCUGAGCUGAUUGACUCAGAGUUUCGGCCAGGCAUGAGCAGUCGUCAGAAGAAUAAAGCCAAGAGAAUGGCAAAAUUGGUGGCAAAGCAACGAUCUAGAGAUCUGGAUCCAAAUGAAAAGAGCAAUGACAGUUUGGAAGGGGAACCUGAGGAAAAGCGAAGAAAAACCACCAAUGUAGUAAUUGACCAACCAGCAACAGAGAAUAAAGUCUUAAUUGACAACGUUCCAGAUAAUUCCAGUCUUUUAGAGGAGACACAUGAGUGGCCUCUAGAAAGCUUCUGUGAAGAGCUCUCAAAUGACCUCUUUAAUCCAUCAUGGGAGGUUCGUCACGGUGCGGGGACAGGUCUUAGAGAAAUCCUCAAGUCCCAUGGUGCUGGUGGAGGAAAGCUAAUGGGAAGUACUGCAGAACAGAUGUUGCGACAACAUCAAGAGUGGAUUGAGGAUCUGGUCAUCCGUCUCCUCUGUGUCUUUGCUUUGGACCGCUUUGGAGAUUUUGUAUCUGAUGAGGUGGUGGCUCCUGUCAGGGAAACAUGUGCCCAGACCCUUGGAGUGGCCCUCCGCCACAUGAAUAAUACUGGUGUUUCCAUGACGGUAGACGUCCUGCUGAAGCUGCUGAAGGAAGACCAGUGGGAGGUCCGCCAUGGGGGUCUGCUGGGGAUCAAGUAUGCAUUGGCUGUCCGUCAGGACUUGAUUGCAGUUUUACUUCCUCGGGUGCUUCCUGCCAUCACUGAAGGCUUACAGGACCUAGAUGAUGACGUCAGGGCUGUGGCAGCCUCGGCCCUAAUCCCUGUGGUGGAGGGCUUGGUGCAGCUUCUGCCCUGCGAGGUUCCCUUCAUAGUAAACACACUAUGGGAUGCUCUUUUGGACCUGGACGAUCUCACUGCAUCCACCAACAGCAUUAUGACGUUACUGUCCCUGCUGCUGACCUAUCCACAGGUCCGACAGUGCAGCAUGCAGCAGUCACUUACUGUCCUGGUUCCUCGCGUUUGGCCCUUCUUGAGACACACUAUAUCAUCAGUACGAAAGGCAGCGCUGGAAACUCUUUACACACUGCUGUCCAAAGCCGACCAGAGUUGUGCCGUGUGGAUAAAUCCAAUUUUACAAGACAUGCUGCGACACAUCUUCCAGUCCUGCAUAUUGGAGAGCAAUGAGGAAAUCCUGGAACUGAUACAGAAGGUGUGGAUGGAGCUGCUGUGUCAGGCCCCUCAGCAGUAUGUCGUAGCAGCUAGUUGUCCCUGGAUGGGUGCAUGGCUCUGUCUCAUGAUGCAGGCUUCCCACAUUCCUAUAGACCUGAACAUGCUGCUGGAGGUCAAAGCCCGCUCCAAGGAUAAGGCUGGUACAAAGGCACGUCAAGGGAACAAUCAGGUGAAAGAAGCAGUUCAAGAGUAUAUAGCUGGCGCAGAGACUGUGACGGACGAUCCAGUGACGAGGGACUAUGUUGUGGUCCGUGCCCGACUUAUGGCUGCCAAGUUGCUUGGGGCUCUGUGUCGGUGUAUCUGUGACCCUCAGCUCAACGCAGCAUCUCAGGAGAUCCGACCAGCUGAGUCUUUGGGCCAGCUGUUGCUCUUCCACCUCAACUCCAAGUCCGCCCUGCAGCGUAUCGCAGUGGCUCUGGUGCUUUGUGAGUGGGCUGCGCUGCAGAAGGACUGUCAGACUGUGUCAUCAAUGGUGCAGCCUCGUCUUCUGGCCAUUCUGACGGAGCAGUUGUACUAUGAUGAGAUUGCUAUCCCCUUCACACGCAUGCAGAAUGAGUGCAAGCAGCUAAUUGCGCUGCUAGCUGAUGCACAUGUGGACCUUCAAGACCGCCUCAAUUGUAGCGUUUUAACUAUUGACCAAGCCAAUGAUCUGGUAACCACCAUCUUUACAGAGUCAACAGCAGGUCUGAAUGUGAAGUCAAAGCAGUGGCUGGCCAUGGAGAGCAAGCGGCAGCAAGCUCAAGCUACAGUGAUGGAGACCAGCGCAGAAUGGCAGCAGCUGCACCUGCGUGUCCACAUGUUCACGGCCUGUGCAGUCGUCAACCUGCAAGUGCUUCCUGACAAACUCAACCCUCUCGUCAGGCCUCUGAUGGAGGCCCUCAAAAAGGAGGAAAACGCCCUGAUCCAGAGUUACGCUGCCUCAUUUAUAGCCAAGCUGUUGCAGCAGUGUUCCAUUCGCUUGCCGUGCCCCAACCCCAAAAUUAUCAAAAACCUGUGUGCCUCAGCCUGUGUGGACUCUGCCGUCACGCCCUUAUCUGCUUGCCCUGUACCCCCAACACAGGAAGAUGUCAGGGGAGGUGGACUGGAGAAAGAUGGUAUGCAUCACAUGGUCAGCAAAACCCGGGGCAUCAUCACCCUAUACCGCCACCAGAGGGCAGCAUUUGCCAUCACCAGCAAGAGGGGUCCUGCCCCUAAAGCCCCAAAGACCCCAACAACAGAGCUUCCUCCUGGAAGCACAAUUGGCACAGAUAAUGAUGAGAGCAAGAAGCCAUUUCUUAUUCAAAGACGAGGGGCAGAUUUCUCCCUGACAACCAUAGCCAGGCACUUUGGCGCAGACCUUACCAAGUGUCUGCCGUAUCUCUGGGAUAACACAGUGGGACCACUGAGGACAGUAGCGCUGGAAAACAAGAGCAUUGACAGGCAAGCCCAUCUGGAGAAGGGAGAUGCUGCGGCGCAGGACUUAGUCAAUUCUCUACAAGUAUUAGAAGUCAUAGCUGGAGCCAUGGCUGCUGAGCUCAGACCUCUGCUACAGGAGCACCUACUUCAUCUGUUCACCUGCCUGCAGCAUCCGUACACAGCGGUGCGGCACAUGGCGGCACGCUGUGUGGGCGUGCUCAGUAAAAUAGCCACACUGGAGACCAUGAACAGUUUCCUGGAGUGUGUUCUCCCCUGGUUAGCUGCUAUUGAUGACUGCACGAAGCAGGAGGGUGCCAUUGAGGCUUUAGCCUGUGUCAUGGAGCAGCUAGAUGUGGACAUUGUUCCCUACAUCGUGCUGCUGGUAGUUCCAGUGCUGGGGAGAAUGAGCGAUCCCAGUGAUAGCAUUCGUUUCAUGGCCACUCAGUGCUUUGCUACACUGAUCCGCCUGCUACCACUAGAGGCAGGGAUACCAGACCCUCCCACCAUGUCUGCUGACCUGAUCCGCCAGAAAGCCAGAGAGCGAAACUUCCUGGAGCAGCUGCUAGAUGGCAGAAAGUUGGAGAACUAUAAGAUCCCUGUACCGAUUAAAGCAGAGCUCAGGAAGUACCAGCAGGAUGGAGUGAACUGGUUGUCAUUCCUAAACAAAUACAAGCUGCAUGGGAUCCUGUGUGACGACAUGGGUCUUGGUAAGACGCUGCAGUCUAUCUGCAUUCUGGCAGGAGAUCACUACCUCAGGGCACAGGAAUAUGCCAAGACAAAGCAUGCAGACUGCAGCCCCCUGCCCUCGCUGGUGGUGUGUCCGCCCACACUUACUGGCCACUGGGUGGACGAAGUAGGAAAGUUCUGCACCAAAGAGUACCUCAACCCGCUACACUACACUGGGCCUCCUACAGAACGGAUGCGGUUGCAACACCACGUGAAAAAGCACAAUCUUAUCGUCGCCUCUUAUGAUGUUGUACGAAAUGACAUAGACUUUUUUAAAAAUAUAAAAUUUAAUUACUGUAUCCUCGAUGAGGGUCACGUCAUCAAGAAUGGGAAAACCAAAUUGUCCAAAGCAAUUAAACAGUUAGCUGCUAACUUCCGGAUCAUCUUAUCUGGAACACCCAUCCAGAACAAUGUCCUGGAGCUCUGGUCGUUGUUUGACUUCCUCAUGCCGGGCUUCCUUGGGACAGAGCGGCAGUUUGCUGCUCGCUACGGUAAACCCAUCCUGGCCAGCCGGGACGCCAAAAGCUCAUCGCGAGAACAGGAGGCGGGUGUGCUGGCGAUGGAAGCCCUACAUCGACAGGUGUUACCCUUCCUUCUGAGGAGGAUGAAGGAGGACGUACUUCAGGACCUUCCCCCUAAAAUAAUUCAGGACUAUUACUGCAAUCUCAGCCCUCUACAGGUUCAGCUGUAUGAAGAUUUUGCUAAGUCAAGAGCCAAAGCCAGUGUGGAGGACAGCAUCUCAGUGACCUCUGAGGAAGAGGAAAAGCCCAAGCUAAAGGCCACAGGUCACGUCUUCCAGGCGCUGCAGUAUCUGCGUAAGCUGUGUAACCACCCGAGCUUGGUCCUGACUCCGCAGCAUCCAGAGUACAAACGCAUCACAGAGCAGCUGGCAGGUCAAAACUCCAGCUUGCGAGACAUUCAGCAUGCGCCUAAACUCUCCGCUCUCAAACAGCUGCUGUUGGAUUGUGGUCUUGGAGGUGGUGGAGGGUCAGAGGGUGGCACCGAGGCAGUGGUAGCCCAACAUCGGGUGCUAAUUUUCUGUCAGCUAAAGAGUAUGCUGGACAUUGUGGAGCACGACCUGCUAAAACCCAAACUCCCCACAGUAACUUACCUGAGGCUGGAUGGCAGCGUGCAAGCCGGCCUGCGCCACUCCAUAGUCUCCAGGUUUAACAACGAUCCAUCCAUUGAUGUUCUGCUGCUGACCACCCAUGUAGGUGGUCUGGGUUUGAACCUUACCGGCGCAGAUACUGUGGUGUUUGUGGAACAUGACUGGAACCCCAUGAGGGACCUGCAGGCCAUGGAUCGUGCUCAUAGGAUAGGGCAGAAACGGGUGGUGAACGUGUACAGGCUAAUCACACGAGGCACAUUGGAGGAGAAGAUAAUGGGGCUGCAGAAGUUCAAGAUGAGCAUUGCCAACACUAUCAUCAACCAGGAGAACACCAACCUGCAGAGCAUGGGCACAGACCAGCUUCUCAACCUCUUCUCUCUUGACAAGGACGAUAAGGGUGAUAAAGGCGAGCAGUCGUCGUCAACCUCAGGGAAGACCUCCAUUAAGUCUGUGCUGGACAGCCUGGGAGAGUUGUGGGACCAGCAGCAGUAUGACACGGAGUACAACCUGGACAGUUUCAUGCACUCACUACAGUAACUCUAUGCCCCCCCACCUACACCACAUCCAGUGGUCAUCUCAUUUGCUGGCCAAGCAGGACCUGGUCACAGCCUGAAGAGACCACUCUUUACACACCUUUUUAAAAAAUUAAAAGAAAAUGUCCCACAGCAGUAACUCAAACACAGCCAAAAUCAGAAGUGAAAUGGAUAGAUCUGCAGAAACGGUGUAGAAAACAUUGCCCUUCUUCUUUUCUUAACUUUGUCAAACAUCCUAUCAUUUAACGUUGAAGGUAAGUCCUCACCAACAUGCUCUGUACUAAUCUGUUGGGAGAAUGAAAUAGAAGAAGCGACAAGAAUCUCCCGUGUUAGUUCACAUCAGCUUCGGUAGUAAACAGCAGUUUUACCAGUGUGUAGAGAUGUUGCUCUUCCUCCACAAGCACAUGUAUCAUAAUUAUAGAUAUCAUUUAUAGUUACAACAGCAGGUGCUACUUUUACAGCCCACUGCUGCCUUUGCACAUCGCAUCACCAGAGUAUACAGUGUUAACUCCUUCAGACACUGUAAUGCAGUUGGACCAUCACCAAGUCUUAAAAGCACUGCUAUACCCAGCCACACCUCUCAGCACCUCUGACUGAUGGAUACAGACAUGUUUUUGUAUAACAAAAGGGAAACUGGGUGAGAAUGACAAGCUGUCAUAACCUAUAUGGUCCUUUUUAUAGCACUGCUGAGCUUAAGAGCAGUUUGUGCCCCCACAAGAUAGCUCCUGGUCUCCACAUGCCACUCUGGGAGAAUCUGUUGGUAUGAAACCUGUGGCCAUCAAGAGGCCGUGGUGGAGAGACGAUGCUGUGUAUCCACCUCCUCCAUGUGCAGUGUAGACCAGGAAGAUACUAUAGAAGCAGCGGUACAGUACAAAGACUUAAAAAAAAAAAGGGGGCCAAGCUGAAACUGGUACCUGAAACUUGUUACAAGUAUUUUAAAAGAAUUAUAAACUUGUACAUAUUCCUGCAAUUGCUGCUUUUUGUUUAGGAUUGUGGAAUAAUAAUAAAUUCUACAAACAUUG